AUGGCCGAAGACGCCCCCGUCGCUGCUCCCCCGGAAACUGCGAAGACCGAGCAGCCUCCUACCGACGAGUCUGCCGACAAGGCGCCUGAGAACUCAUCAACCACCGACGACAAGCCCACCGAGCUCCUGCGCCCAUUCGCGCACCCUAUCAGCAUCCUCUGCCCUCUGUGCGACACACCCUUAGCUAACCCAGCGCCCAUUGUUUUCCCAGAGAGCGCGAACGUGACCGACGAAAAGAAGAGCUCCCCAGCCGCCGCAGAACAGACGACUGCAUCUGGCGACGCGACGGAAGCCAAGGCCGACGCCAGCUCCGAAGCCGCCGCAACCGCCGAGCCUGCAACAGAGGCCAACGGAACCCCUUCAUCUCCCAAGAAGACCUCAAAGGAUCGACGACGAUCCAGCGGCGUCGGCGAAAAGAAGCUGAAUCGCAAGAAGUCUAUGACCCGCGUGACCCAGCUGCACGCGAAGCCGGGCCAAUACUACCUCGCGCGACUGAAGACAUUUGCGCCGUGGCCGGCGAUUAUCUGCGACGAGGAGAUCCUUCCGUCGACGCUUCUUGAUACACGGCCCGUGACGGCUGCGCAGGAGGAUGGCUCGUACCGGGCUGACUACGCUGAUGAUGGGAAGCGGGCUCACGAGCGCACUUUUCCGGUUAUGUUCUUCGACACAAAUGAAUUUGCCUGGAUUAUCAAUACUAAUCUGACCCCACUUGAUGUUGCCGAGUGCAAGAACAUUUCUGAGAAGAACAAGUCAAAGGGGCUGAUUAAGGCAUAUGCGGUUGCUGCCGAAGGCCAUGACUUAGAUCACUACAAAAAGGUGCUUGCGGAGCACCAGAAUGCUCUAGACAAGGAGGAGGCCGAGGAGGCUGAGGCGGAAGCCAAGAAGGAAGCUGAGAAGGAAGCAAAGGCCAAGGCCAAGGCAGACAAGGCCGCUGAGAAGGCUGACAAGACCGCUGAUAAGAACAAGAAGAGCAAGCGCAAGAGCAAGGCUGCUGAAACUGACGUGGAGAUGGAGGAUGUGGAGGAACCCAAGAAGGCCAAGACACCUGCGCGGAAGCGCAAGAAUGAUGCUGAUGCCGAGACCGAGAAGCCUGCAAAGACCCCCAAGACCGCCACUAAGAUCAAGUUGACGACCCCCAAGGCGGCCGAGGAGAGUGGAAAGAAGACUCCGGCCAGUAAGGCGAAGAAGCCCGCUAGAAAGGGCAAGGCUGCCGCUAGUGAUGAUGAAGAGAAGGCCUCUUCAAAGGAGCCUGAGAAGCAACCCGACCCCGAAGAGCUAAAGAAAAAGAAGGAGAAGGAGAUUCUCUUCCUGCGACACAAGCUCCAGAAGGGCUUCAUCUCUCGUGAUCAGCCCCCUAAGGAGGACGAGAUGGCUACUAUGGGCACCUAUUUUGAGAAGCUCGAGAAGCACUCCGAUUUGGAAGUGUCAAUUAUCCGUUCUACCAAGAUCAACAAGGUUCUCAAGAUGAUCGUGAAACUGAACUCAAUCCCCCGCGACGAAGAAUUCAAAUUCCGUGAACGCGCCAUCAACAUUCUCUCCAACUGGAAGAACGUAUUGGACUCCGAUGGCCCAGUCGACGGCAGCAAGCCCACAUCCAACGGAACCGCCAAAGACGACGACGCGGCCGAUACCCCCAAACUGGAGACCGAGGAAGAGAAAGAGCCCGAGACAAAGACCACUAAUGACGAUACCCCCAUGCCAGACGCCAAGGAGGAGAACGAGGACGAGGACGAGGACGAAAACGAGAAGUCCGCGCCCAAGGAUAGCGCCGAUGCUGCCCCAGCCGAAGAAAAGCCCGAGGAGAAGACCGAGGUUGAGGCCAGUGCAUAA